UGUGUGUGUGUGGUUUUAUGCAUGUAGGGACACACGCCUCUCUCUCCUUUCCUCUAAAGGGCUUUACCACUACAGCCAACAUCCUAAAACAGGCCACUCACCACAGUACCUCUGAUCUUUCGUCUCCCCAAGACCAGCGCCUGGACUCCAGUGGCUUCAAAGGACUUUUCUGAGGCCAGAAAUAUUUUGGAAGAGUGAUACAUGUUCGGAGCCUGCUCUUGGCUUUCUGGCCAGAGCUACAUGUGCUGGCUAAGCAUUGGAGUUAAUAUACGGAGUAAUCCUCAGUUUCCGGUGUGUGUAUGUUUUUUGUCUUCCUUCACACAAAACAGAAGGAGGAUAAACUUACCCCAAGAAAACUCUGGACACAAAAGGAAACAAGAGAACUGGCCAGAUAAGGAGAAGGAAAAGUUAUAAAACAGAAGCUGAAGCAACAGAAGAAAGAUUCUACAAGAGCGUAGAAGGAAAUUUCACAAAAGAACACAAGACAGAAAGGAAACCUAACUCAGCCACCUGACCAGGUGGUGAAACCUCAUUUUCCCUCUCCCUGCUUCCCUUUUCCCUUCUUUUACCACGACAUGGGCCACCUCCUGUCCCUGACUCUCGUCUACUUGGCCUACCUGCUGACCACAGGGAUCGCCUCCCAACGUCAGCAGCACCGUGUGCAGCACGGCUCCUGCACCUACACCUUCAUCCUCCCUGAGGUGGAGCAUUGCCAACCAUUAAAGGACUUCCAGGUAACAAAUACCCUGCAGAGAGACUCACCACCUGACGCUGAGCCUGACAAAAGCCAUUCCAAGGACGAUUUAUCUCAAGAGGAAAGGCCUUCCUGGCAGCAGCAGAAACUGGAGACUCUGGAAAGUGCCAUGGAGAAUAACACUCAGUGGCUGCAGAAGCUGGAAAACUUCAUCCAGGAGAAUGUACGCUCUGGUGUGGAGGAAAUAAAGAGAUCAACAGUACACACCCAGACAGCCGCCAUGCUGCAGAUGGGAACCAACCUCCUCAGCCAAUCAGCAGAGCAGACUCGCAAACUGACAGAUGUUGAGACCCAGGUGUUAAAUCAGACAAGCCGCCUGGAGAUCCAGCUCCUUGAAUAUUCGCUCUUUACGAACCGCCUGGAGAAACACAUUCUCCUACAGACUCAAGAAAUCUCACGCCUCAGUGAUAAAAACAGCUUUCUAGAACAAAGGCUUUUAGCACUGGAGGCACGCUAUGGGAAGGAGCUGCAGGACUUGCAGGGUGAAAAGCAACAGCUUCAAGAUGUUUUGGAAAGGCAGAGUCACCUGGUCAGUCAGCUCGAGGGUGAACUUGGAAGCUCAAUGCUCAACAGUACUGCACUGCAGAGACAGCAGGAAAGGAUGACAAACACCGUUGAGCAGCUGCUGACAAAAGUCAGUCAAUGCAAUGAAAUCUCCAAUAUGCCCAAGAUGGAAAGACGUACUUUCAGGGACUGUGCAGAGAUUCUGAGGUCAGGAGUGAAGGAGAGCGGAUUAUACAACAUACACCUGCACAACUCCACCCAGGAUGUAAAGGUUUAUUGUGACAUGAAGACCAGAGGUGGGGGAUGGACGGUGCUGCAGCAUCGGAUCAAUGGCUCCAUCGACUUCCAUCGCAGCUGGAACGACUACAAAACGGGCUUUGGAGUGCCAUCAGGGGAACACUGGCUGGGAAACGAUAUCAUUCACAAGCUGACCAGUUCGCAGGAAUACAGUCUGCACAUCCAGCUCCGAGACAGAGAGGGGAACGAAGCCUUUUCACAGUAUGAUCACUUCUACAUAGAUGAUGAAGACAACAACUACAGCCUUCACAUCAAGGGAUUCGGUGGCACUGCCGGCAAAACCAGCAGCCUCACCCACACUGGGAGCCAGUUUAGUACCAAGGACAGAGACAACGACCGCUGUACUUGCAAGUGCGCACAGCUCGCCUCGGGAGGAUGGUGGUUUGACGCUUGUGGCCCAUCCAACCUGAAUGGCAUAUAUUACCCUGUUUCAUCCAAUGUAGUCCGCUUUAACGGCAUUAAGUGGUACUACUGGAAGGGUCCAAAUCUGAUGGCUACCAUGACAACUAUGAUGGUGCGUCCUGCUAACUUCAGAUGAAAUGGCUUCUGCUCGAUGGAUCCUUCGGAAAUUAACAUUGCAGAUAAAUCUAACAACCGAUGAACAUGAAUAUGUAAUUUGAAGCAAGAAGGCCUCCAAUAUUGACCACCAUCCAGUUUGUCCAUACCCUGAAAAAGAACUCACAUGAGCAUUUCUGAAAGGUUCAUCCUUCUGUCAGCACAUUGGACUUUAUGGUAACAAGAUGAUAACUGAAAGACCUUCAAUCACAAUACUUCUGUUGUUUCAAACAUGUCAUGUUUAACUUUUAUUCUCACAAAUAAGUGUGAUAGAUUUAUGAAGUAAAACAACACAUUAGCAACUUAAAAGCAACUUCUUAAGGUGGAGGAAACAUGGUUGGUUUUGACAUUCAAACAACUUCGUUUGGUGUAAAACAUAGUGUAAAAGUUGUGAAAGACUGCACAAAUAAAAAAAGAUACAUUUGUCUAA